UCACAUCACGCGGUUCAAGGAGAGUCACAGAGUUGCUGUUGUUGAUUGUUUUAAAGACUCGUUUCUUCUACUUCCUCGUCGCGUUCAGCGGGGUUUUAAAACCGUCGAAGAAGAAUGAACAGCGUCGGAGAGGCCUGCACCGACCUGAAGCGGGAGUACGACACGUGCUUCAACCGCUGGUUCGCGGACAAGUUCCUGAAGGGGGACCGGAGCGGGGACCCGUGCACCGAGACCUUCCGGAAGUACCAGCGGUGCGUGCAGAAGGCCAUCCAGGAGAAGGACAUCCCGGUGGACGGGGUGGACUUCAUGGGGCCCGACAAGACCGAGACCUGAAGGAGAGAGACCCGACCAGAGGAUCGAUAGAGACGGAGGAGAUCAAUACGAGUGUGUGUCCACUGAGCAUGCGCAGAGCUGCUGCUGAACCUACACACAGGAGCCUGAACUGUGUGUGUGUGUGUGUGUGUGUGUGUGUGUGUGUGUGUGUGUGUGUGUGGCUGAUUUAAAACACACAGAACUGAUCCUGGAACAGUUUAGAUUAGUUUAUUUGUGAGUUUAUUGAACAUGAAUGUGAGCGGCUGUUGUUACUGUAAGGCACAAACAGGAAGUCGAUUAAUGGAUUCAUCAGAAUAAGAGUCUUCUCAGCGAUGACGUCGUGUACACAGAGAGCUGCUUUCAUGGGAACUUUUUGGGGUUUUGGACAAAAUAAGAAUUUUUUUCUUUAAUUUCUGACAUUUGAUGAACUAAAGGAAUCACACAUAACUGAAAAAACAAAUGCAUCCAUCAAUGACACGUUGCUGAUUAUGACACUGAGUUCAUCUUUUAAGUGUAUUUUCUCUGUAGAUUUGAAUUUUCUUAAGAUUAUUAAAUCUUUAAAUUUCCACUUUACAUUCAUUAUUUCUGUUUUGUUGUUUAUUAUUAUUUUAUUUGA